AUAGUAAUACAUACGUAUAUUGUGACAGUUAUUAGCUCUAUCAUGUUCUUUGUAUAGAAAAAGAUAGAUAAUGUUCUUUCUAGUGGUUGUCAGCUACAGUCGUGAUAUUAUAUCCCAGAAUACUUUAAACCACCUAAGUUAUUUUUUAAAAUUUAGUUAUGAAUUACCAGAUUUAUGUCGCACGUUGACAAUACAUAAGUUGUAUAACUGUGUUAUUGGUAAUUUACAUGAGGUUACUAAUCGUCUGGUAAGUCUUUUAAAUCCAAAGCGUGAAAUACCUACAAGACGUAAUGAUCUUAAUGAAAAAUACUCAAAAUGGAUUGGUCCAUUUAUGCAAUCAAUUGACAAUUCAGACGAAACAACAUAUUCUAUACUAGUACCAUGUAAUAUUAACGUUAACGAACAAUUUGCAUGUUUAUUAGAACCCACAAAAUUUCUCUAUCCAAUGAAAGAAUCAAAAAAUGGUCAACAAGAAAUACUACGUGAUUUACUCCUAUGGUCAUUAUUCAUGUAUCGUCUUGAUUUAGCUAAAGUAUUUAUUUUACAUUUAAAAUCACGUAUAUGUGCAGCAUUAAUUGCAUCUAAAAUAUUAAAAAUGUUUUCUAAAAAAACAACAAUUGAUUUACAAUUAAGGGAACAAUUAUCACGGGAAUCAGAUGAAUUCGAUUUAAUUGCAACAAAAUUUAUUAAUUCAUGCUAUGAAUAUAAAGAAGAUUUAGCUUGUGAAUUAUUACUUAGACCUGUACCAUUAUUUGGUAAUGUUACUUGUACGCAGAUUGCAAUAGCAAAUGAAAAUAAAUUAUUUCUUCAAACAUCGUGCUUUGAUCGUACAUUGAAUAGAAUAUGGUAUGAUAAACUAUCACUAACAAAUCGAAGUAUACUAUCAAAACCAGGCGUAUUAAUUAGUGAAUUAACAUUUGGUUUGACAGUUAGUGUGCCAAAAUUAAUUCGUUUUGUGUAUAUCCAAGAUAAUCUCGAAGAAAACAGAGAAGCAGAGUAUGUUAAACUAUACGAUAAUUUAAGCUAA